AAUCCUUCACGGAGCGUGGCUGCAAAGAAGAGGCCAGAAAGCCAACGCAGGGGGAUAAAGGACCACGAGAUGGAAACGGCAAGGACCAACGGGACCACCGGCAAGCAAGAGGAAACCAAGGCCCCCCCUUCACCCAAGAAAGAGACAGAAGAAGGGAAGAAAUCCAGCAGCCCAAAGAAAGCUGAGAAAGAAGCCAACAAAAACAAUGUGGCGCCAAACCUAGAGACAACCCAACUCAAGAAUUCUGUGUAUGCCGGAGGUGACUGGAAGAGACCGAUCAUCCAAUUUGUGGAGUCGUCUGAUGAGAAGAGGUCAACCUACUUCAAUAUGGAGGUUGGGGAGUCCAAAAAGUCAGGUUUUCCUGCUGGAGGAGAAACUCGGAGGUCCCAGGUCACUUUUCCAGAGCGCGGAGAUUUGAGGAAGCCCCUGUUUAACGUAGAGGCCAAGAAAUCUUUUGGCAAUGAAGGAGAAGGGAAGAAGUCAAUGUUUUCCAGUGGGCAGAUCUCAGAUCUAAGAAAACCCAUUAUCACCUUAGGGGAAACUGGAGAGACCAAAAGGACCAACUUCAACCGGGCCAGUAGAGUACCUUCUGGAAGACCCCGGGUGGUUCUGGAAGAGGUCCUUUGUGACUCUUGCAUUGACAACAAGCAGAAGGCCGUGAAGUCCUGCCUGGUGUGUCAAGCCAGCUUCUGUGAGCUUCACCUGAAGCCCCACUUUGAAGGGGCUGCUUUUCGAGAUCACCAGCUUCUGGAUCCCAUCAAAGACUUUGAAGCCAGGAAAUGCCCCAUUCAUGGCAAGACCAUGGAGCUUUUCUGCCAGACCGACCAAGUCUGCAUCUGUUACCUUUGCAUGUUCCAAGAACACAAGAACCAUACCACCGUGACGGUAGAGAUAGAGAAAUCCGGAAAGGAGACCGAGCUCUCUUUGCAAAAAGAACAGCUGCAGCUGAAGAUCGUGGAGCUUGAUGAUGAAGUGGACAAGUGGCACAAGGAGAGAGACCGUAUCAAGAAUUUUACAGCCAACGAAAAAGCCACGGUAGACCAGCAUUUCAAAGAGCUGAUCCGUGACAUGGAGAAACAGCGUGAUGAGGUGAAAGCUGGUCUGGAUCACCGGGAGAAGGUGGCGGUGGAGAACAUCAAGGAGAUUGUGGAGGAACUGGAAGACAGAGUCAAACUGUUGCAGGAGGAUAAGGAAACCAGGGAACAGAUUGGUCUAAUCAGCGACUCUGUGCUCUUCCUACAGGAAUUUGGAGCAAUGAUGAGAAGCUAUGUUAUCCCUCCAUCUCUUCCGACAUACAGCAUCUUGCUUGAAGGAGAGAACAUGAGUCCAGCCAUGGGAAUACUCAGAGAUGACCUCCUGAAUGUAUGCAUGAGGCACGUUGAGAAAAUCUGCAAGGCAGACCUUAGCAGGAAUUUCAUUGAGAGAAACCACAUGGAAAACGGUGAUCACCGUUACAUGAUGAACAACUUUUCUGAAUGGAACCAGCCAGAUAACCUGAAGAGGUUUUCCAUGUUCCUGGCUCCAAAAGGAGGAAAUUUAGGAGGAAAUUUAGGAGGAAAUUUAGGAGGAAAUUUAGGAGGAAAUUACAACGCUCGAGCUUGGGAGUUUUCUUCCAUGCAAACUGCCGAAGAGACACUUACAAGCGGGAACUCAGCAUACUCCCUGAAAGUUGGCAAUGGAACCAAGAUGCCAUAUCAAUUUCCCUCAAUUGGCCAGAGUUCACCCGGGGAUUUCAGCAAGCAGUCUGACGGCAGCCUCUAUACUAAGAAUGCUUAUCCUUCCAUCGUGAGGCACCAGACGGCCAAGGCACAGCCACAGACAUGGAAAUCUUCCAAGCAAAGCAUGCUGUCUCAUUACCGCCCCUUCUACGUCAACAAGGGCAACGGUGUCACUUCCAAUGAAGCCCCCUGAAAAAAGAUGGUGGCAGAAGAGGAAGACAACUAACUAGAAUGUCCAUGGACAUUCCCGCUAUUGUAUUAAUCAAAGCGUCCUAAUUCUUUCUUUCUUUCUUUUUUUUUUAAGUGGCGUUGGGGUGGGUGGAUGCUCUAAAGGAAAGGGUGUACGUCUCAUUCUGGGUAGAAAUGAGUCCCACCCUGCUCGUUUCGAUCCAUGCUUUGCAGCCCUUGAGAAGUAAGUUCACUCCAAAUAGAUGUUGGUUGACUAAUGAAUCCCCCUUUCCUCGUGUAACUGCUUUGCUCUUACUAAUGCCUUGCCAGUGUUUACUCAGCGUGUUCCCAAGAUAUGUUGGGUUUAAGCAAACAAGCUGCUGCUUAAAACUGUGACUUGAGCAGCCCACUUCUAGCUGCAGGUCCAACUGUUGUUGACAAUUAAUGGAGACUUGGUUGGCCGACACCGUUCCAAGGCCAUCUGCUUGAACCUAGCAAUCAGAAUAACAGAAUAACAGAAUUGGAAGGGAUCUUGGAGGUCUUCUAAUCCAAUCUUCUGCUCAAGCAAGACACCCUAUGCUAUUUUUGACAAAUGGUUGUCCAAUCCCUUUUUAAAAACCCUCCAGUGAUGCAGCACCCAUAACUUCUGAAGGCCAGUUGUUCCACUGGUUGAUUGUUCUCACUGUCAGGAAGUCUCUUCUUCAUUCCAGGUUGCUUCUCUCUUUGUUCAAGUUUCCAUCCAUUGCCUCUCAUCCUGCCUCCAGGUGUUUUGGAAUCAAAGAAUCAAAGAAGUGCACUAAAAAUUAAUGGCUUCCCUCUGGCCGCUUGUCAGGUGAUGGUGGUGGACCUGUAGCUAAAAGGCUCCGUGAAUUGCCCAUCACCCCAAUUUCUCCUCCUCCUGCUGGUUGUUCAAAUUGCAGAAGAAAAAGAGGAGGGGGAAAAAUCCAUAGAAGAUUGAUUAAAUGUCAUAGCUCUGCUCUUCUCCUCCACUGAUGAUGCUGGCUGAUGUGCUUUGGUUCAGCGGUUCAGUUUACAUUUGAGGGGAAUUGUUUUUAAAAGUGUGUGCAUGUGGGUGCAUCUUCCCUCUGGUUUCUUUCGCGUUGGACGCUAAGAAUCAGACCAAGGAUGAUUGGAAGCCUGUGCAAAGUUCCCGAUGGAAAGAAUGUCUUAGCGUUGCCAGGGGAACCAGAUUGGUCCCGAAAUUGGUAUCUAAACUUCAACAUCUACAAGAUUGACAGGAUCUUAACUGUCUCCAAACUUAGAAGAGCUGGAGAUGGUUGGGUGCAUCAAGAAUUUCUUCCAAGGAUAAACUUUUUAAGAAGGGGACAGGGUGGAGAAGUGUAUGCUAUUCUAGAUUACUUCUUUUUUGUUUGUUUGUUUGUUCAUGGCAAGGUUUGUUGUCCAUUCCAGUUUGUGUUUCUGCAAUGAACACAAACCCACAUCAGCACCCUUUGAUCUGUCAGAGUGAGAGGGAACUGUUUAAAAUGAC